UAUAUGCUAGCCAUAUGCAGGCAUCCCAACUUUGCCAGUCCACUUCAAAAAACGUCAAGGGUUGUGUUGUCGGCGCGCGUAAAGACCCCUUAAAACCUUCCUCCCAAUGAAGCCAUAACCUGCUCCAGCGUUCAUCACGCAACCCACUAGCAACAACGAGAUGUUAGUAGAUAAUCGUGUCUGGGCUCUGUUCAAGGGUCACUGGCAGCACACACUGACUUACUGGAGCGUUUUCUUCAGUUUCGGGCUGUGUAUCGCGUUCCUGGGGCCGACCAUCCUGGACCUGAGGUGUCAGACUCAGUCCACUCUGCAGGAGAUCACCUGGGUCUUCUUCGCCCAACAGCUCUUCCUCAUGCUGGGGAGCGCCCUUGGAGGACUCUUCAAGAAGACGCUCCGCUGCUCCCUCUCAGCUCUCUUCGUCUCCAGUCUUGUCAUCUCCGUGGUGUUUGCCAUCAUCCCACUUUGCCACCAUGUGCUGAUGCUGGCUGUUGCCAUGGCGAUAUCUGGCACGGCAAUGGGGGUGAUUGACACCAUCGCCAACCUGCAGCUGGUGAAGCUCUACCAGAAAGACUCAGCCAUUUUCCUACAGGUCCUGCAUUUCUUCAUAGGGCUGGGAGCGUUGGUCAGUCCCCUGGUAGCAGACCCAUUCCUGUCAGAGGGGAGUUGUGUUCUGGGGGGGAACAUGACAGCCAACUCCUCCACUGACCUCCAUCACCUCCGCAGUUCCCUGGCAGGUAAGGGGACAACCCCUCUGCACAACGUAUCCCACCACUACCACCUCCACACAGAGGGCAUCAUCACCACCAAUGUGUCCUACGCAUUCUGGAUCAUGGCUCUUAUCAAUCUGCCUGUACCAGUAGCAGUGUAUGUCUUGAUGUACCGUGAGAGGCUGUUCCCCUGCUCGGACCACAGCCCACGUCUACUGGACAAGGAGAAAAACUCACAGAAGAACCAACAGGACCACAAUAUCCAGGACCCCUAAACUAAACCAUCCUGUGCUGUCCAUCCAGGUCACGGGGGUUUGUUUGGCUGCUGUAACUAUGCUGAUGUGAAGGAUCGCCCUGCCUCCUAUUUCCUCCUCUACAUUCUGGGCGGAGCCGUGCUCUUCAUCACUGACGGCAUAAUAGGUUCUUACACAGGAUUCAUUUACACCUACGCAGUGUCUCCUCCCCUCUCUCUGCCUCACAAGACAGCAGGCUGUCUGACCAGUGUGUUCUGGGCGUCCGUCACCGCGGGCAGACUGGCGUCUAUAUAUCUGUCAUACAGAUACACACAACAACGACUAAUCUCGGUCAGCCUGGCAGGGAUGAUGGCAGUGCAGUGUCUGCUGUUGAUCCUGUACUCCAGCCCUGUGUUCCUCUUCAUGGGGACAUGUGUGUUAGGCCUCUUCAUCAGCAGUGUGUUCCCCUGCAUGGUGGCCCUCACAGAAGACAUGGUCAACUAUAAAGGGUGUGCCACUACUGUCCUGGUGACCAGUGCUGGUACAGGAGAGAUGGUGCUGCAGCUUCUCACGGGACAGUUGAUCCACAGUAAAGGCAGUUAUAGUUUCAUGUUGGUUGGUAUGAUAUCAUCCUGCAUCGGAUUCACAGUAUUCCUGGGCCUACUCUACAUCCAGCAUCUACACAGGAGCUCCCAAGCAGCCACUAGUAAGGAAAUCGCCAUGACAGAGAAGCCUUCAAGUGAGUAA